GACAGGUGUGCUAUCAACACUAAUCUAACGAACAUAGCUGUCAAUUUCAAAUAUGUACUGUUUGAUUUGAACACACUUUAAACGGUAAUUUGUAACCAAUACACGGUAUAAAAAACGAAACUACUUUUUCAAAAAUAUUAAUAAUUUAUAAGACCCGUUGAAAAUGAAUAUUGAUCUUGCCAAAUCGUAUUUACAAGCUAGGGAUCCUAGCAUUAUAUCUUAUAAUAGAACGAAUUUAGGUAAUGUAAAAGCAGUUUUAGCCGAUCUCAUGAGUAGCGCAAGUACAGAAUCUGAAGCCGAGGAAAAAAUAGAAGAAAACAAGUUUAUCAAUGUUUAUCUCAGAAUAAGAAGGGAUAUUGAUAUAAGCAACAUUUACAAAAUAGACGGUAAUAAUUUUACCUGUAAAGUUCCUGAAGGUUCAUAUGCUCUUAGAAAUGUGAAGUGUGGUGAUACUAUGAAGAGGACCUAUACAUUUACAAAUAUAUUUGGUCCAGAGUAUGACCAAAAAACAAUUUUUGAUUGUAUUGUCAAACCCAAAUUAGUAUCCUUCAUCAAUGGUAGUAAUUCAACUUUAUUCACAUAUGGGGCUUCUGGAUCAGGGAAAACAUAUACUAUAGUUGGUACACCGGAGGAGCCAGGUUUGAUUCCUAGAGCAUUAGAAUAUGUAUUUAAAUCUUUACCGAAAGUGAGUAUAGAACCUGAAAUUAAACCUCUCCCUAAUGGUACCACACAGAAUAUUACUAAAGAUAUGAUGGUAGAAAAUGAAAAGUAUAAAAAUUGGAUUGUUAACGCCAUUGAUCAAACAUCUCAUGUUAACACGUAUAUGCAGAUGCAAAACAGAUUAAGUACAGAGCCAAUAGCUGAAGUGACAGUUGAUACAGAUGUAUCAGUUAGUGCUUGGAUUAGUUUUGCAGAGAUCUAUAAUGAAAUUGUUUAUGAUUUAUUGAGCAUACCCAAUUCCAAAAAUAAAAUUCGUCAAAGAUUAGCCUUGGGAAAAUCCAAAGAUGAAAGGACGUAUAUAAAAAAAUUGACUUAUUUACAUGUAACUGAAGGUUUAGAAGCAUAUCAAAUUUUACAAUAUGGUUUGUACAACCUUAACUAUGCAUCUACUGCAGUUAAUUCACAUUCUAGUAGAUCACACUGUAUAUUCACAAUACGUUUGGUACAAUCAUCUAAAAGUAGUAGUGACGUAUAUAUUAGCGAUUUUAACUUUUGUGAUUUGGCUGGUGCAGAGAGGCUAAAAAAGACUAUGAAUUUCGGAGAUCGCUUAAAAGAAUCUAACAAUAUAAAUACAUCAUUACUCGUUUUAGGUAGAUGUAUGGAUAGUAUCAAGAAAUGUCAGCAAGCAAAAGAUAAACGACUAAUUCCCUUUAGAGAGUCAAAGUUAACACAAAUUUUCCAAAAGGCUUUGAUGGGUUACGAAAAUGUAGAAAUGAUCGUGAAUGUUAAUCUCUCUAGAGAUAUGUUCGAUGAAACCAUUCACGUAUUAAAUUUUUCGGCUCUUGCAAGUACAAUUAUUGUUGAAGAGAAAUUGUCCAAACCAAUUAAAAGAGAAAACAGGUUUUCGUUGAUGAUGCAAAAAGAAGAAACACCAACAGAAAAUAAAGUAACCAUUAGUGAACAUCGAAAUUAUGGAUAUCUUAAAAAGAAAUUGAUUGAGUCACAAAAUGAAAUUACCAAACUAAAAAGGGAAAUUAAUCGUUUAAAUUUAGUGAUUAAACAGAAUCUGAUUGAUCCAAAUGAGGAAAUUGAAAGAUUACACAAAGCAAUAGAGACUAUUAUCGAUGAAAGAGACAACAUUAUGGUAACAUGUGAAAAGAGAAUAAUAGAAGAAAGGGAGUCUCUAAAUGCAAUAUAUAAAGAGUAUAUGGAGAGGUAUGCCAAAAUAUACAAAGAAAAUGAAGAACAUGUAAUAAGAAGGUUACGAGAAGAAUAUGAAGAGAAAAUUGCAGAAAUGCAAACAAUAACUAUUUCGAGUGAUGACGAGGAAUCAACCGAAACAUCUCAUAAUAGAUUGAAAAGAGAAUUAGAACAAUCGGAAAAUUUAAGAAAACUACAAAAAGAAAAGUUAGAAUAUACAGAAAGUUUGUUAGAAGAUGCCAAAGAAGAGUAUCGGUCUUCACAAUUAGAAAUAAAACGUGUCUCGCAAGAAAAUAAUCAAUUAAAAUCGGAAGUCGUCAAAUUAAAAGAAGAAAUUGAAUCAUUGAAGUUACAACUAAUGCACCAAUCAAUGAAUUUCCUCGAUGAUGAAUCAAGUGGCCCAGAAGAUAGUGAAUCUCAGGAAUCUGUACAGCAUAAAGUGGAAUCUAGUUACUAGCAGUCUUAGAUUUUGAUGUUUUAAUCGGACAAUCGGAGUCAGGAAGGACAAAAAAAUACAACAGUUAAAAUAAGAAAUGUCAAAGUCAAACUCUUACAUAUCUAAAAAUUGAACAAGAGAUUUACAAUGGUAAAAUUAUAAAUCGUUUUCUACAGAUUAUGUCUGAAGUAUAUUUACAUGAUAAGUUGUACAGUUUUAAUUUAUUUUUGUAGAUUUGAAUAAAAAUUUUGUAAGUUUUACAACUUUAUACUACUAUCACUGCUUCAAGAUUACAAUCCGUUCCUAAAUAAAUUGUAUUGGUUUGU